GUCUUUUAUAAAGCUGUAAGCAGCUCUGCGAUCAGAACUGAGAUCAGGGACCAUCCAGACGGAGGAGGCAGAUAGAGCCGGGAAUUGUUUGUUACCGUUUUAAUCCUAUUAAUUAAAACGUUAACCUGAUUGGGUAGAAAGCUCUGUCCCAAUAGGCGAAUCUUCUUCAUAAUAAUAACCUGCUUUGAGAUAAUGCUGUAAAAGACUCCCCCGUCUGUUGCCGCGGCUGUUGCGAAAUCUAGUGAAGGUGAAUCGAAGCAGGAUAAGCGACAGAGCAGGGCUCUAGAGUGAAAGCUGCCACACAAACAUUACUUGACAAGCAGAGAUCAGGCAUCAAGAUCAAGUUAUAAAAUAGAAACUUACAAAACCUUUCAGAUACAUUUACAAAACUGUGGAAGGCGAGCUGAUAGAAAAAGGACUAUGGAGAGGAGUAUGAACAUUAACGGAGCAGAAGGGGACAUCUUCCACAAAACUGUAAGCGCCGUCUCAGGCAAAAAGAUGGACUCUUUCAGAUCACCCGUCGGUAUCGAUCUGCAGUCCAGGGAUCGCCAAUCACCGAACAACUGUUUCGAUCAGUCUGACUCUGACCCAAUACAGCACGGGGGAUUAGGCGGAGGUAAAGGAGGCUUGCUCAGUCUUCAUACUGGAUCUUUGUGUGUCAACUACGGGGAAAGUGGCAAUAGGACUCCGGCAGCUGAAAGCAGCGGUGGGGAGCAAAGCCUAGACGAUGACAGCGACGAUCGGUGUGAUAUGGUACUAAUGAGUGAUCAGAUGACAUCGGUGUCAAGAAGCAAAGCUGGAGGUUCCGGCAAGAAACACAAAGAGCAGAAGGUACUACGACUGAAUAUUAACGCUCGAGAGAGAAGAAGGAUGCACGACUUAAACGAUGCUUUGGACGAACUAAGAUCAGUGAUCCCUUACGCUCACAGCCCCUCUGUGAGAAAACUCUCUAAAAUCGCUACUUUGCUACUCGCCAAAAACUACAUCCUCAUGCAGGCACAGGCUCUGGAAGAAAUGCGAAGGCUGGUGGCUUACCUCAACCAAGGCCAAGCUAUCUCUGCAGCCUCCCUGCCAGCCACGACUGCCCUUAACCCGGGCUUGGGUGCCUACGAACAGCCGGCAGGGUACCCCUUCCCUGCCGGACUGGCAGCCGCGUCAUGUCCAGACAAAUGUGCCAUAUUCAACAACGUCACCUCCAGCCUCUGCAAACAGUGCACUGAUAAGCCUUAAGUGCAACGAAAUGAAAAUAAAAAAAACAGAAAAA